UAUCAAUACGUUGUAGAAGCCGAGACAUCAACUGGCCUGCGAAUCGCUUCAAUGCGAAGACUUUUUCAAAGUUGAAUCUUACCGAAUUGUUGACAGCUCUUUUGAGGGGAAUAAGAUGUUUACUUCAAAGUCUGUUUUCAUGAGGAAUCCCGUCCACCAGGGAACACGAUCCAUUUUGUGUGCGAUUAAGCUAACAAUGUCCUUUUCCUCAAAGCCUAAAGUUGCGGAAAAUCAGUCGUUCUUCACCCCCUUAUCCCACAAGGAUUUAGCAUUGCGAUUUAAACAUCGAAUUGCUGGCAGGAGAUACCUGCCUGGAUCUGCUGGGAAGGGCCUCCCGGAAUUCCUAUCAUCCGCAAAAGAAGGAUUCCCAUUUGCUUUAGGCGCCGAAUCUGUUGAUCACCUAACCCUUGAUAAAUGGGGUCAGCUUUGCCGCGAACAACUCGAUAAAGUUCUUCCAAAAUACAACGCUGUCUUGUUUCGCAAUCUGCCCCUGUUUGAGGCCGGAGAUUUUGCCAAGUUUGCAGCUAGCCUCGGCUACAAACCAACGAAUUACGAAGGUGGCACCGGAAACAGAUACCUGGCAGAAGGUGAAACGGAAGUGUAUUUAUCCACCAGUGAUCCCCCGGAUUUUAAUAUCGAGCUUCACAAUGAGAUGGCUUGUUCACCGGUUCAUCCCAAGAAGGUUAUAUUCUUUUGUCUUACUGAGCCCAACGAAGAAUGGGGAGGGAUAACUCCGCUGGUCAGAAAUGGUGAGGUAUACGAUCAGCUUGAUCCGGAGGUGGUUAGGAUUCUGGAAGAAAGACAAAUACGCUACACGCGAUACCUGGCGGACGAGAAACAUGAUCCCUAUGCUUCUUGGCAACAGUCGUUUAUGACCAAAGACCCAAAGAAAGUGGAAGAAUACUUGAAAAGGGAAAGGUUUAAUUACGAAUGGGAGGCAGGCACUGGGAACCUGUAUUAUUGGUAUGUGCUCCCACCACUGUCGACUCAUCCAGUCACAGGCCUCAAAAUUUGGUUCACACAACCAAACGUUCAUCACAACACUUACUACAAGGAAUCACCCAUGUUUGAGGGUGUGUCUCUUCCCAACCAUAUGUAUCCAACUCACACACUUUAUGGCGACGGAACUGAGAUUGACCCGGAAGUGAUUGAGCAUAUCCGGGCGACAGGCUGGCAAAAUGCUGUGGGAUUCCCAUGGCGGAAGAGAGAUGUACUGGUGCUGGACAACCUUGCUGUUCAACAUGGUCGACUGAGCUUUAAAGGAGACCGGCUAAUUCUGGCCUACUUAACGGGCGAAUAAAUUGCUCAAGUCGUCGGAACUGUGAGACGUAUGUAAAUAAACAAUUAUGUCCUUGAGGGCUAGCUGCGCAUGAUCACAUCGACAUUCCAACCUAUGCCUUUAGUAUAUCCUUCAGUCUCUCCCAUAAGUGCUGCAAGGUCCAUUGAUUUUGUUCAGGUGUUGUCAAUAUGAGAGGUGAUCACGAGUCAUUGUUCAGUCACUUGUGUAAAAGUAAACAAAAUAAGGCUUUGUAAACAAAAGUAAACAAAAUAAAUGCCCAUCGAAGUACGGAG